CGCGGGACGCGGCGCACGGGGGACAAGGCGACAGGGACGCGGAGAUGGCUGCGCGGAGACUGCCGGGGUCCGCCGUCUUCGCCGCCGCCGUCUUCGUGGGAGGCGCCGCGAGUUCGCCGCUGGUGGCCCCGGACAACGUGGGCAGCCGCACGUUGCACUCCAGAGCCGAGACGACCCCGUCACCCACCAACAACACCGGGAAUGGACACCCAGAGUACAUCGCCUAUGCCCUUGUCCCUGUGUUCUUCAUCAUGGGUCUCUUUGGAGUCCUCAUCUGCCACCUGCUUAAGAAGAAAGGCUACCGUUGCACAACAGAAGCUGAGCAAGACAUUGAAGAGGAAAAGGUGGAAAAGAUAGAGUUGAAUGACAGUAUCAAUGAAAACAGUGACACUGUGGGGCAGAUUGUCCACUACAUCAUGAAAAAUGAAGCAAAUGCUGAUGUCUUAAAGGCAAUGGUAGCAGACAACAGCCUGUGUGAUCCGGAAAGCCCCGUGAGCCCCAGCACUCCCGGGAGCCCGCCUGUGAGUCCUGGGCCCUUGUCACCAGGGGCCACCCCCGGCAAGCACGUCUGUGGCCACCAUCUGCACACAGUGGGCGGUGCCGUCGAGAGGGACGUGUGUCAACGGUGUCGGCACAAGCGAUGGCAUUUCACAAAGCCCACCAACAAGUCCAAAGAGAGCCGACCCAGGCGCCAAGGAGAAGUCACUGUCCUCUCUGUGGGCAGGUUCAGAGUCACAAAAGUGGAGCACAAGUCCAACCAGAAGGAGCGGAGAAGUUUGAUGUCAGUGAGUGGGGCCGAGGGCGUCAAUGGAGAGGUGCCUGCGACGCCUGUGAAGAGAGAACGCAGUGACACGGAGUAGCAGCAGUGACUUUUUUUGGAAGAGUUCUAAGAGACUGGAAACUCAGAGGAUGGCACAGUUGCCUCGGCCGUGUUUUUAUACAUUUUAUACCAUUUCUAUGAUGACGUCAGCAGACGUGAGAAUGAAGCCUACCCGGGAUAUUGUUGCUAUGCUGGAUGGAGAAGUCCGUUGGCUUUGUAACAGGUUUUCACCUGAAGUCUGUUGACAGUUACAUUUGCUGGGAAGGAAAGAGCUGAUUUUUUAUCUGCAUAACUGUCCCCAGCCAUCGCCCUGCCCAGGCCCCGAUCCCUGCCCGUGGUGUGUACACACUACAGUUUUUCCAUUCCGAUCACUGUGUACAGAGGAACUAGUUGUGUACAGUACUGUCUGAGCCUAUGCUUGGGGUGUGUGUGUGUGUGUGUGCACGCGCGCACUAUUCCCCAGCUCCUACCUGCCGUUUUAAUCCUAGUUUUAAGGUGAUCUUCAUAUGGACAAUGUAGCUGUUACAAACGAUCAGAGGUGACCCUUCAGUGGCAAAAGAUCCGUGGCAACAGUCCUGUCCAGCCCCAGGAGUGGAUUCCCUGAGAGAUCCUGGAUCCCUGGAUCCGGAGGGACCAGAUGCUGCACCUCGACACUCCCAGGUCCCUGUAGAAGGCCAGAAAUUGGAAUUUGGUUUUCUGUUUUUGUUUGAACUUUGAAUAAAGGGGGAAAAUCGCUAAAGCCACUGAAAAAAACUUCUGGUUUUGACAACCCCAGGCAAAAACAAAACAAACAAAAAAAGAAAUCUCACUCCUCACAGUAGGUGGGCUCCACACCUCCCUCCGGCAUGUUUUUCUUGGGGAACUGCUUAUUAUCUAAAGACUAUUGGUGGUCACUUUCUCUUUAGUCCUGGAAAAUCCUGCUCUUUGACACAAUUUAAAAAUUUUGGAGCUUGGUGUUUUAUGAAAACCCUGAAAGAAGCCGGAGGCAGAGACAGCAGCGUCGGUGUGAGAGCUGUCGGGGAAGGGGCAUGGGAGUCCCGUGACAGCGAAAUCUCCAGACUGGGCCCUGGUGCGUGCCUUGCGCCCUCUGAUCAUUUAGAAGAGAAAAUCUGGCUCCUGAAAGAGAAUUUUCAUGCAAAUAUACUUCAAAGUAUUUACUAUAAAUAGACUUAUUCGACUCCAUUUCUGGGAUUAAACUAAAAAUUUCUAACUUUUUAAAUGGUAGAUUCAAUUUCCCGUGAGUUCUUACUGACAACUAAUAAAUGGUGUGUGUGAUCCAUUCAUGUACACAGCAGAGGAGGAGAAAUCAGGAUGGAAAUACACUUCAUCGAGGUCCCCAAAAAUAGCGAUACGGAAAUUUUAGGGAUGUGUAUUAUUGUAAAUAAUAUUAGAUGCAGACUCUAGGCCAAUACUUUUACUUAAGAAACAAAACAAAAGGUGUAUUUUUUGCUUUGAAAAUACUAUGCCCUCAAAAUGGUGAGGGAUAAAAUGUAAAGGUAUUCUUCAGUUUUAAUUACUUCUUAAUUUUAUUCAAGCCGGAGCACUUUUUUUUUUUUUCUCCCUUGGAUAGCAAUACAGCAGGCAAGAGAAUACUCAGAAACAUUCAAAAUUGUAUUUAUACCAAGAGUACGUUUUCAGUAGUUGAGCCAUUUUUGUCUGGCUCGCUUCCAAAUAUGCCAAACAUUACGCCUUCGACAUUUGCCGCACAGAAGCCUUACACCGGGGUGUACUCCGUGAUGAGAGUCAGUGUGCCCAGAGUGUGCCACGGCUGCAUGGCCCGUGUUCCUCCCCCUCCAGGAGGCUCGGGGACUCACGACACAUGUCCUCUACACAACACUAAGGAUGCAGAGAGCCUCUGGGUGUAACCAAUGAGCCGGCCGCCACCUUCAUGGAAAACUUUGUAAAGGAAAAUUUUCACCGUUGCGAGUGUCAAAUGUAUUUUUAACUGUCUGGUUUGUACUUUUACGACUUUUGUACUACCAAAGCGGAGUUAAAAAUAAAAAUGUUAA